AUGGCAGUUGAUCAGGAUGUCGAAGAGUUGCUAAUCAUGGGAGAUUCCGAUUUGAUUAUUCGACAAGCUCAAAGUGAAUGGGAAACUCGGGAUGUCAAGCUUAUUCCGUACAGGCAACAUGUCGAGGAUCUUAGCAAGCGGUUCAAAUCCAUCGAUUUCAGGUACAUUCCUCGGUUUUACAAUGAGUUAGCCGAUGCACUAGCUACUUUGUCCUCGAUGCUGCCAUAUCCAGGCAAUGUCCGCAUUGACCCGUUGGAAAUCCAAAUUCGAGAAAGACAUGGUUAUUGCAACACAGUUGAAAUAGAGCCAGAUGAGAUAUUUGAGUUGAAGAAAACUGAUGUUCGCUGCUACGUUGCUGUUUCCGACUUGCUCGCUACUACAAGAAAACAAAGAAGCUUCCACCAGUCUGGAAGUAGUAAGUUCAUUCUGCCUGUUUGA